AUGGCAGCUUGGAUUGUGGGCUUCUUCUCAGUGUUGGGCGAGAUUGGCUCCACAGCUGGUGUCACCUACACCACAGCCAUCAUCAUCUCGCAGUACGUGCUGCUGGGCCGCGGUGGCGCCCUCGGCGGUGCGGCCCCCCUCACGCAGUACGAGAUCGUUGGCAUCUACAUCGGCGUUGAGAUCUUGAUCGGCCUGCUCAACACGUUCAGCAUGAAGCUGCUCGACACCGUCGCUGAAGUAUCUGUUUGGUUCCAUGUGAUUGGCAUUACCGCAUUUGUGGCGAUCCUGCCCGCCAUCGCGCCCACCCACCAGCCGGCGUCGUUUGUCUUCACGCAGUUCAGCCCCGACAAGGUGUUCUCUGGCAUUGGCAGUGAUGGUUUCACGUUCCUGCUGGCCCUGCUGGGCAGUGCUUGGGCCAUGGUGGGCUACGAUGCUGCGGCUCACCUGAGCGAGGAGACACAGGGUGCUGCGAUGGCCGGCCCCAUCAGCCUCAUCUCCACCAUCCUGGCGGGCGCUGUUGUCGGCUUCUUCUACAUCCUGGCGCUGCUGUUCUCCGUGCAGGACCCAUCGGCCGUCCUGGCUGGCGACACCGCAGGGGGCAAUGGCCCCAUGCAGAUUACUUGGGAUGUGUUCAAGGCGCGCUUUGGCAGCGGCGUCGGCGCGCUGGGCCUGUUCGUGGUGCCCCUGCUGUGCUCCUUGUUCUGCGGCAACGCGUGCCUCACCACGUGCAGCAGGGUGGUGUGGUCGUUCAGCCGCGACGGGAACCUCUGGAUCAGCCGCAAGCUCAGGCAGGUGCACCCCAAGUUUGGCACCCCGCUCAACGCUGUGUGGUUCAGUGUGGUGUGUCAGAUUAUCGUGGGUCUGCCCGCCCUCUACUCCUACACCGCCUUUGCCGCCAUCACGUCCAUCGGUGUCAUUGGCCUCUACAUCAGGUUGGCAGGUUGA